UCUGUCGAAGAAGUAUUAAACUACAACAUGUGCUCGUGACAUUUAAUUGAAAAAGAACCAUUUUUAAAUCCAACAUAAACAUUUCUAACAAUUUUAGUUUUUAAUUAACCUACCUCUUUUAAGAACUAACAAACUUUUGUAAUGAAUUUUAAAAUCUUCACCGUGAAAUACAUAACCUAUAAAACUUGUUUUUGUUACUUUUCAGAACAGAAUGCUAGAUUUUUCGAUAAAGGAAUUACACUUGAAUUAAGUUACGAUAACAAAUCUACAUUUUUCUCAGCGCAACCCCUAUCAAGUCUAAAGGAGGGUGAAGUUGGGUUAAAUCGUCUGCAAGCCCAACUGCUUGGGUUGCGCGAGGACGUGAGUGUUAUGAUCAGUGGACGUUACGAUGUACCGGGUAUUACUAGGGUGGUAAUUAGGCCAAAGUCGAUUGAGGAUUAUGAAGUAUUGGAGAUACUGUCCGAAAGUGUACAGUCAACCUUGUUAAAUCAGUUGCGAAUUGUGAGAAAAGAUCAGGAAUUUGUAAUUUGGAUUUCAGAUUCAUUGCAUUUACCUGUGAAUGUGGAGAGCAUGGAACCAGCCAACCUCGGCAGGUUAGAUUUUCUAACUGAAGUAGAAGUAGCGCCCCCAAAACCCAAAAUAGCGGAGGUACCUGAUGUCACCACCAACAACAGCAACUGGAAUUUCUUAGAAUUUUUGAAUCCUUUUAAACAAUCACAGGCUGACUCUAAAACAGACACAAUUGACAAGAAGUACACAAAGAGGUGCUACCCUGUUUGUUUCAAUUUACUCCCUGUAGCAGAUCUAUCAGAUGUUAAAGGGGGAGAAUUAGACCAUUUUAAUGCUUUUGUUAGCAAACACGCUGUACCGAAAAAUGUAAGCUCCGGUGAUAUAUUUAGAUUAGGAAUUAUUAUUCCUCCAGCUGCCAAUACUAAUUUGAGUGAAGAAACCUUUGAGGUUAAAAAUGUAGUUGUCCGUAUACACAUUUUGGAUCACCUCGUCAGUGGAAGUUUGAUGUAUGUGCAUUCGUGCAUGUUUAAGCAUUUCGAUCUGAAAGCAGGCGCCAAAGCUUUUUUAAGCGAUCAUAUACAUGCUGCCCCAUUGGUUGACAGUAUCGAAAUCUGCACAUACGCGAAAAAAUCAACAAAUGCAAUUGGAAAAUUUAAAUUGUUGAUCAGUCGAAACAGCAAAACUCAAAAAGUAAUUUUAAAUAGUAACGUUCUUAUGGAUUGUUCCGGAUAUCAGUUUUCGUUAAAGUUUCAACCAUCGAACGUCACUUUCUGCGUUGCCGAUUCGAAUUUUGUUAGAAAUUGUAAAUUUUCCGUUACCGAAGGGGUGCCUGCCGGCAGAAGUUGCGCGAAAGUUGAGCCGCAGAAGUAUUGCGGAAAUUUCGCGCGUUUCAGCGAAAUUGUGCAACCCAGCUAUGAUUUAUUAACUUCGGAGGAUGCUGAAAACCUCCUGUUGAUUGGCAAAGUUGGAAGUGGCAAAACUGUCCUGGUCAAAGUUUUGAUUGAGAAAUUAGCGUUGUCUCCAUUGUACAUUCAUUCUGAGGUAAUAUCCUGUAAAGCAGUGAAGGGGAAAAGUUUGGAUUCUCUAGGCAAAGUGUUUGCGAAUGCGAUUCUCAAUUGUAUAUACUACCAACCGUCAGUCCUAGUUCUGGAGGACCUUCACGUUCUUUGCGAGAAAGUGGUCGCAGGUGACGCUCCAACUCCUGAGAGUUUGAAUUUUGAUAGAGUGAGUGAAAUGCUUGCUCAUCUUUUACACGAAACCGUUAAGUCAAAUCGCAUACUCAUCCUCGCAACUGCUACCUCGUUACUGAAACUAAAUGACCAUAUUUACUCAUCCCGUGGUCAACAUCUCUUUAAGAACGUGUACGAAAUCGGCGAAUUGAAAAAGCCCGAUCGCGUUUCAAUAUUGGAGUUCUUAUUCAAAGAGAAGUGCCAGAUCGACGACUUCAGUAUGGACCAUUUGGCUCAGAAAACGGAAGGGUUCGUCGUACAAGACUUGGUCGACUUUGUGGAUAAAGCUGUGUUUGAGUCUGUUAAAGAAGAUAGUUCGAACGUGACUUUGGGUCAUUGCGAGCUCGCCUUACAAAACUCAGUGGCGCUCUCACUAAAAGAUAUCCAGCUGCAUUCACCUGGAGAGAAGGACUUUACGGAUGUAGGUGGUUUGGAGGAUGUCAAGAAAAUUUUAAUUGAGUGCAUGUUGUGGCCUGUACAGUAUCCUCAUUUGUUUGACAACGCGCCCUUGCGGUUGCAAUCCGGUUUGCUACUGUAUGGACCGCCUGGAACAGGUAAAACGAUUCUGGCAGGUGCGGCUGCAAAACACUGCGGUUUGCGGCUAAUCUCGAUCAAAGGUCCCGAGCUUUUAUCGAAGUAUAUUGGCGCUAGUGAGCAGGCCGUCCGAGAUGUCUUUGAAAAAGCUCAAAGUGCUAAGCCUUGCAUUUUGUUCUUUGAUGAGUUUGACAGUUUAGCCCCAAGACGUGGACACGAUAGCACUGGGGUGACAGAUCGCGUUGUAAAUCAAUUACUAACUCAGUUAGAUGGCGUAGAAAGUCUUAGUGGCGUCUGCGUGCUUGCUGCAACUUCACGACCUGACCUUUUAGAUCCAGCUUUGUUACGCCCUGGAAGACUCGAUCGUCAAAUUCUGUGCCCUCUCCCCGAUCAACCUGCAAGGUUAAAAAUUCUGCAGUCAUUAUCGAAGAAGAUGAGGUUGGCGACAGAUAUUGAUUUGGAAGAGAUUUCUCAACAAUCAACUGGGUAUUCUGGCGCUGAUUUGCAGGCAGUGCUGUAUACGGCUCAGUUGUGUACUGUUGAGAAAUUAGAUACUGAGGAAUUACAGGCAAAAGCAGCUCAUGAUGUAAUGGAAAUUAAUCAAUAUCACCUGGAGGAAGCUUUAAGAAGUACUCGCCCUUCGUUGACGAAAGAAGAAAGCUUGAAGUAUGAUAGGAUAUAUUCCAAAUUUCAAGGCGUAGGGCAACUGGCCGAUAUGAAGGGCGCUACGCAAAAGGCAACGCUCGCAUGAUUGAUUGUUAAAAAUAAAGUAACGAUUCAGAGUC